AUGGCCAGGACAAGGGGUAAUAGGAGACAUCCGGCAGAUGAAGAAUUUGAUAGCGAAGCCACUCAAUCAAUGGGAAAUAGAAACCAAAAUCGAAACGAUGUUAAUGCACUGGCCCAAGUACUAGCACAUGCGUUGAGGGGGGUUUUGCCUCAACGACCACCACAACCUCAAGCGGAAAGUGGAAAUGAAGUAGUAGCUCAGUUUCGGAGCAUGGCACCACCGACGUUGAAAGGAAACGAGGGACCUUUGGGGACUGAAGAGUGGAUGCGUCAGAUGGAACGCAUUUUCAACUACAUGCGUUGUAGAGAUGACUCGAAGGUGACAUGUGCGGCCUUCCAACUUAUAGAUGAUGCAGGGCAUUGGUGGGAGUCAGAAACUGCUGCCCUUACUGAGGAGCAGGUGAGAGCCAUCAGCUGGCGGACUUUCAAGGAGAAAGUGAUGGGGAAGUAUUUCCCAAAGGCUUUUCGCAAGCAAAAGGAGAUAGAACUCAUGAACCUGGAGCAAGGGAACCUGACCGUGCUGGAAUACGAGCAGAAAUUUACCCAACUAGCUCGUUUCGCCCCUCACUUGGUGGAUACUGAUGAGAAGAAGGCAUGGACGUUUGAGAAUGGGUUACGCCCUGAGAUUGGUGGACACUUGGCGGCUCUCAACAUCACAUCAUACUCAGAAAUCUUGGAGCGAGCUCAAGCAGUUGCAUCACGCCUCAAACUAGACAUCUCGGUUGCUCGAUCUCAACAUACUGGAGGAAAGAGGCAGUGGGAUGAUCGAGACAAAAAGAGAAGCAAUCAACCAGAAAAGAAACCAAGGAGUAACAUGGGAGACAACCAAGGUUUUGUGCCGAACAAGCCUCUAUGCCCACGUUGUCAGCGUCACCACUUCGGAGAGUGCAGAUAUGGCGAAAAUGUAUGUUACCGAUGUCACAAAGGAGGGCAUGUGGCUAUGAACUACCCAGAAGCACGGAGAACAAAUGCCCCGAACAACAACAUCCUAACCUGGCGGAACAAGAAUAAUAACUGGGGAAUGAAUCAGGGCAACAACAACAACAAUGGCGCUCGUAGGGGAGAGGCACGAGUCUAUGCCAUGAAUCAGGAGGAAAUGAAUGGGGAGGCUCAGACCAUGUCAGGUAUCUUACCUAUUCUGAACAAGUCUGCUUUAGUACUUUUUGAUUCUGGUGCUUCACAUUCGUUUAUUGCAAAGAGAUUUUAUGAAAAGGCUGAUGUAAAGUGCGUUGAGGAAACCCAACCCUUGAGAGUAAGUAUUCCAUCAGGAAAGGCGGUGGAAAUAGAUCGUUUGGCGAAAGGAGUACAAGUGGAAAUCGAAAAGAUAAUCCUGGAGGCAGAACUGUUCAUCCUGGAAAUGACGGACUUUGACGUAAUCCUAGGCAUGGAUUGGCUAAGUCAGAACCACGCGGUGAUUAAGUGUCGUGACCGCGAAGUAGUCUUUCAACACCCAGGGAAGGACCAAUUUUCCUUUCGAAUGAACAAAACCAGGAGGACCCCCCAUAUCAUCUCUGCCAUGAAAGCUGUCAACAUGAUGAAGAAGGCGGAUUGUCAAGCAUGUCUAGUGAACGUGAUGAGCUCAACACCCGCAGAUUUGAAGAUCGAGGACAUACCUGUUGUGAGGGAAUACCCAGAGGUGUUUCCAGAGGAUGUAACUGGAAUACCACCGGACAGACAGGUGGAGUUCACCAUCGACCUUAUUCCAGGAGCAACACCCAUAUCUAAAGCACCAUAUAGAAUGGCACCACCCGAGUUGGAGGAGUUAAAGAUCCAAAUUCAGGAGCUCUUGGACAAAGGGUUCAUACGUCCUAGCGUGUCCCCUUGGGGCGCACCCGUCUUGUUUGUAAAGAAGAAAGAUGGGACCAUGAGAAUGUGUAUCGACUACCGUGAACUCAACAAACUCACCAUCAAGAACAAAUACCCUUUGCCUAGAAUCGAAGAUUUAUUCGAUCAACUGAAAGGGGCAGGAGUUUUCUCAAAAAUCGAUCUGAGGUCAGGUUAUCAUCAGCUAAGGGUGAAGGAGUCCGAUAUUUUAAAGACGGCUUUUUGA